AUGCAGACAAUACCAGGUGCAGUAAUGAGCUUGGUCUCUUACACAGUUCUCCUGUGGUAUUUUAUCCUUUUACUCAUAGAAAUACAACAAGACUAAUACACAUUGAAGCAAUCAAGAAAUGAGACUGAUGUGACUAAAGUCGGGAUAAAUCUUGACAAGAGCAACUUUGAUACUGCUUUUAUGAUAAGAUCGCCAAUUCUAAAGUAAAAUGCGACCAGCAACAUAUACCAGUACUUGAGUUUUAAGGCAACAUAUAUUGCAGAAGGAUUUGAGAGCAGUGGUUAAUCAGUUACUUAACAGUUUUAAGAAUAAAGUCUUAAUGUUGAUGAGUGUUCAUCAACAAGAAUGUUUGGUAACCAAUAAUACUUAAACUAUCGCCUCUCAAGACCAGAUGCAAUCUUUAUUUGUUUCAAUGAAUUAUAAGAUUUUCAAUUGUAAAGCUCAGAAAACACGAUCCAAUUUACCAUAGACAAGUGUAUCUAAAGUUAGCUUGAUUUGAAAUAUCCUGGCUCAAUCUGUGAAAAAGAUAGCAAUAAAAUUCAAGCAUUCAUAAACAAUACAAGAUUGAUAGCUUUUACUACACAAUAAUUCUUCGAUAUCAGUAGUUUUGAAGAAAGGCCAGUAAGAGAUAAAAUACAAACGGAAAAUUACACUUUCUCAAGCUCUCAAUAGACAGUUGCAAAUUAUGAAUUAAUGUUGAAUCAAGGGACUGGAAGCAACUCUAAACUUCAUGAAAAUCUUGACACUUUUGAUGUUUCUUAUAUCUAUACCAAAUUAGUAUCAACUGACGUGCAGAAUAGGAGAACGGGUGAUGCUGAUUACUUCACCUUUAAAUUCUAUGUAAUGACAGAGCUAAACCAGGUUGAGAGAAUCGCAAAUAAUUUAGUAACAGCCCUUUCAAACGUUGGAGGUCUUGCAGGAAUUAUUUUUUCCUUUGUAGCUUUAUUGAUAUCUCCUCUUUAGGAAUUUAUCUUCUAUCAAUACCUCUUAAAGAAGAAUUAUUUAGUGGAGAGAUCUAAAGUUUAACAAUAAUAGCAUUCAAGCAUUGAUAACUUUUAGUAGAAACAACAGCAGUAGAUAAUAGAUGAUUCAGUCGAUAAGAUGAAAAGUAAAAUGACUUAGGAAGAUUUUAGAACAUAUAUGCAAUUGACUAAAGUUAUCAAGGAUAGACAGCCCUUUAGUAUAUCUACUAUUUAAGCUAUCAGAUAUAAAUUAAAGUUUUUAUUCUGUUGCUGUAGAAAGAGAUAUCAGAGUUAUCAAUUCGAAUUAUUUGAGUUUGGAAAAUCGAAGAUUGAGAGACAAUUCGAUAUUUCAAUUAUACUCAGAGAUAUGAGAUCAUUUAAGAUGGCUAAUAACUUAGUCCUUUCCAAAUUUUAGAGAUAACUUAUCCCCUAUUUUAAGAAAUCAUUAUUGAAUUAAAAGUAUGCCAAUGAUUAAGCUAGAUAGAAUAAAGAGAACGAGAGUGAUCUCAGUAGGAGCAUAUAAUAGCGUAAACUAAGAAAUGAAUUAUUAGAUGAUGUAUCACAAUUAAUGCUUGAUUUGUUUGCUCACUAGUAGGGUCCAAAUAGCCAAUUUAACAACAAGGUCCUGGAUAGUCUUUUCUCAGAGGAUAAAUAUGAUUAGAAUCAAAAUCUUAGAAUGAAAAUGUUUAGGGGAUUACUGAGGUAGUUUUUCAUUUCGAACUUAGAAUUUGACGAAAGAUAAGUAAAAAAAGGAGGAAAUGCUGUAUAUGCUAUAAAUGAUGGUCCAAUGUCUUUCGGUAUACCGAUGGAUGACCAGCAAGUUUAUUCUCAGACAAAUAUAUAUAACUAAUCAAGAGCAUAACUUGCUGUUGAAGACAUGAAUUUAGAGUCCGAACCAAAAUAGGCUACGAUUAAUUAUAUACCAAGAAUUAAUUGA